AUGAAUCAGGAGAUGACCGGAGUGGAGGCGGAGGCCCACGGGCGGCGAGACGGCGGCGGCGCCGUCCCUGCGGACAGCAUAGACUACGUGUUCAAGGUCGUGGUGAUUGGCGACUCGGCGGUGGGGAAGACUCAGCUGCUGGCCCGAUUCACCAAGAACGAGUUCUGCUUCGACUCCAAAUCCACAAUUGGGGUCGAGUUCCAGACCCGCACCGUCAGCAUAAAGGGCAAGGUCAUCAAGGCCCAGAUCUGGGACACCGCCGGCCAGGAAAGGUACCGGGCCGUGACGAGCGCAUACUACAGGGGAGCGCUGGGAGCGAUGCUGGUGUACGACAUCACGAAGCGGCCGACGUUCGACCACGUGGCGAGGUGGGUGGAGGAGCUCCGUGCGCACGCCGACAGCUCCAUCGUCAUCAUGCUGAUCGGCAACAAGGCCGACCUUGCCGCCGACCACCGCGCCGUCACGACGGAGGACGCCGUCGAGUUCGCCGAGGAGCAGGGGCUCUUCUUCUCCGAGGCCUCCGCAUUGAGCGGGGACAACGUGGACAAGGCCUUCUUCCGGGUGCUGGAGCACAUCUACGCCGCCGUGUCGAAGAAGUCCCUGGAUUCCUCCGCCGAUCCGGCCAAGGCCAACGGCGGGGCGCUGCAGGGGGAUAAGAUCGACGUGAUUUCGGGAGCGGAUAUGGAGAUCAGUGAGCUGAAGAAGUUGUCUUCCUGCUCUUCUUGUUGA